AUGAGCUCAUGGGAUGUCGAACGUAAACGUAAAUUGAACGAUGAAUUUGACAAUGUUAUUCGUGAACAUGAACGCCUACGAGAAGAUCUGAAUAGAGAUGACAAUCGAAUAUAUGAAUCUCUCGUUGAUUCUAUUGAUAAAUGGGAAAAAGAUGCUAUAAAAAAAAUUAAAAAAAUAGCUAAAACUGCUCGCAAUGAUCUUCAACAAAUACUAAAGAGUACUAAUGAUCGAUUACAACGUGCUUUACAUGAUACAGUCACAGAAGAAUUACAAGAAGCAUUACAGAAAAAAAUUAAUUGUACCGAAGCUAAUAUUGAUAAUUGGAUGGCAAAUUUAUCUGAAAUUCGUAAGCAAUUAGAAAAAGUUUCUUCAACAAUCGAAUUUUCACAUGAUCAAGUCAUUGAUUUAAUUAAAGUAAAACGAGAAUUUUCCAAAGAAAUGUUUCAACGAAUUAAUUUCGAUUAUAAAGAAUUUAAUUUUGAAAAAAUUCGUGGUCAUCCUACUUUUUAUAAAACUCAACAUCUUAUAAGUACUACACAUCCUGCAAUUAUUCUUAGUCGAAAUCAAUACACUACUGGUACACAUUUUUUUCGUUUUCGUAUUAAACAAACUAAUAAAGAACUAUUCUUUGGAAUAAUUAGUGAUAAAGAUCAUCAAAACUUAAAAGAAAAUAUUCAACCUAUUCAAUCAAUUCACGGCUGGUGGAAUAUUGAUCGUCGGGUUAUCGGUGGUCGAAAAGAACCAUAUGUAUCUACACUCAAUAUAUUUGAUAGUGAUGAAGUUGUAUUUAUAAUGAACUGUAGCGCACGUGAGAUUUUUCUUGAAUAUCCAUCAAUGACUAAAUUAAACUCAAUAAAAUUAAUUAAUAAUGGAUAUGAAUGUCCACCUCCAUGGAAAUUGUUGAUUGAAAUAGGCAAACCAGGUCAAUGUUUACUUAAAUUAGUCGAUUGGGGCAUAAUCGCACACGCAACAAGUCCUUCAGAUAGACAUGUACAUUGUUUUUGUUCAUCUGAUUAA